GGAUGAAACUCGGAGUGUUUCACUUUCACUCCGGUUGGCCCCACGCUGAGUGGAUCCGGAUCGUUCACGAGCUUCGGCUCGUCACCUGACAUCCGCCAAUCAGAGGCCGAGGGAGGCGGCGUCCUGGCGCUAAAGGCAGCGCAAUUAACCAGAGGGGAGCGCAAUUCAAAUCCAAAACAGUUGCGGAGGCGCGCAGCGGCAGGAAACACACACCGACACACUCCGGCUGCCGUAGCGGGUCAGAGAGGAGCGCAGUCCGGAACCUCGGGUCCGGAACCUCAGGUCCGGGUCAUCUCGGAGCGGAGCCGCGUCCUCCCAGUUUGCGCUUUUUUUCCUGGAAGCGGCGCAUCUCCUGCGGACUUGAGGGAGGAAUGCUGAUCUGUGAGCGGAUCGCCGCCGUCCUCAGCUCCCGGUGACUCCCGGCGGGGCUCCGCGCCCUCCGCGGCCGCCCUCCGCGGCUCUCCCCCGGCCUCUCUCGGCUCCAGCGGCCGGUCUUAUGAGCGCGGCGUUCGGUCCGUCCUUCAUGGUGAUGCAGCGGCCACUCGGAAGCACCACCGCCUUCAGCAUCGACUCCCUGAUCGGCGGGCCCCCGCAGCCCAGCCCGGGACACUUCGUCUACACCGGGUACCCGAUGUUCAUGCCCUACCGCUCCGUGGUGCUGCAGCCGCCGCCGCCGCCGCCGGCGCUGCAGCAGGCGCUGCCCGGCGGACACCACCCGCAGAUCCCCGGGCUGCAGAGCGGCUUCUGCUCCAGCCUGGCGCAGGGUUUGACGCAGGGCAUGGCGCUCACCUCCACCCUCAUGGCCUCGCUGCCCGGCGGCUUCUCCCCGUCCCAGCAGCACCAGGAGGCCGCCAGGAAGUUCGGCUCGCAGGCGCUGCGGCUGGAGGCGGAGGACGGGAAGAGCUUCCUGCCCGGGAAGGAGUCCGCGCUGCCGGCCUUCCACGACGCGGACGCGCCGCUGCAGACUUCCACAGCCAGAGUUCUGUCCAAGGACGAGUCCAAGGAUGAGGACGGCGGCCGGAAGGACGAGAGCUUCUCCAUGGACAGCGACCUGGACUACAGCUCCGACGACAACCUCACGUCCCUCUGCCACAAAGAGGACGCGGACGGCGGCGGCGGCCUGGACGACGCGCCGCACCUGCACGGCGCGGCGGGCGGCGGCGGCGGCUGCGCGGCGGGCGGCGGCGCGGCGGGCGGCAAGAACCGGCGGCGGCGCACCGCGUUCACCAGCGAGCAGCUGCUGGAGCUGGAGAAGGAGUUCCACUGCAAGAAGUACCUGUCGCUCACCGAGCGCUCCCAGAUCGCGCAUGCGCUCAAGCUGAGCGAGGUGCAGGUGAAGAUCUGGUUCCAGAACCGGCGCGCCAAGUGGAAACGGGUCAAGGCCGGAAACGUCAACAACAAGUCCGGGGAGCCGAGCCGGAACCCCAAGAUCGUGGUUCCGAUCCCGGUGCACGUCAGCCGCUUCGCCAUCAGGAGUCAGCACCAGCAGAUGGAGCAGGCCCGGCCCUAGGACGGUUCGGACGGGUUCUGAGCCGAACCGGAACAACCAGACUCCUGUGACAUCAUUUGUUUUUGACUCGUUAAAUUAAAAUGUUUCCUCUUCACUCCGUGACUCUGCUGAGACGGAUCUCACUGAACCGUCCGCGGUUCUGUUCGGUUCUUUUUAACGUCUGAGCCCGAGAACGUUCAACCUGCUGAAAGAGCCGCAGUUUUUCACCGCAAAGUGCGCGUGGAGCAGCUGAUGAUGUAAAUACAGACCGGAAGCUGCGCGCGCAGGACUGAAUGAAGCUGCUAACUUAUUUAUACACUGAUGUGAAAACCUGCGAUUAAAGGACGCAAAGUGA